UUUUUUUUCUUUAACGGUUGAAGAAUGAAAGCGAAAAAGCAAAAAAGGCAAGGCGAUUUCCAGAAAAUUCAGCUAAAGGUUGGCAAAAAGAAGCCAAAAGCAGACAAUGCAACAAACGUCAACUUCAGAUCAAAAGCUAUCCAUUUACCAGAGCAGCUAAAGCAUGCGGAUUCAGGGCCAACAACGCACAGGCAGCUUGACAUUAAGGAUCUGUUGUCCAAGCUACACCACAUCAACAGUAACAUAAAGCAGGGAGCUCUGGUGGGUUUGCGGGAAUUGCUGUCAGCUCAGCCUACUCUGAUUGAGCUGCAUGCAUCAGCGGUGCUCUCUGAGGUGGCGGCACUCUUCACUGACAAAGAUGGCUCUGUGCGAGCAGCUGCAGUGCGUCUGCUGCGUUUCAUCGCUCAGUGCAUCUCCGCCGAACGUGUAGCUCCCUUCUUCCCUCUGCUCAGCGCCCACCUCACUUGUGCCAUGACUCACAUCUCAGAAGCAAUCCAGGAAGAUGCUCUCCGGGUCCUGGAUGUGCUGCUGGAGCACUAUCCUGGACUUCUUUCUCAGAGGCAUACGGUUCUUCUGACAAAUUUUCUAGAGCUCAUCUCCCAGAAGCGAAAAGCUGGAACAGGGCAGGAUAAAUCCGGGAAAGGGGGCUUUGCUCUGACUAUCAGCACGAAUCGCUCUGUAACAGCACAACAAUGGAGACUCACUGUGCUGCUCAGGUUGGGGAGUUUUCUGCAGGCAGUUGUUGAGGAAAGACCUCUGGAGGAAGGUGUGACCAGCAUGAUUGGCCUUGGAAUGUGGGCUGGAGAGAAAGGCUCGGUGACACCUGUGGAUGUGAGUUGGGAGGAGCAUGUCUUUGGCAAGGGCAGGAUCCAAGUGUUUGAAAAUUCUGGAGCCGUUCCCACCCCACAUUCCACUUAUCGGCUAAG